AUGCCUCAGAGAAGAGCGCCGCGGACGUCACGAAUUGUACCACUCACUGGCGAGCGCGCGCUGUUUCGCAACGGAGAACCAUUCGUACUUGGGGCGACAAGCGCUCCGGACGAAGCCGAGGUCCACUUGGAUAACAUCCCCGAUGAUAAGUCGUCCAUCCGACUAUGGGCGAGAGGAAUGACGAGCCAGGGCGGCUAUUUCUUCAACGCCGCUGAAGGCGUACCGGUUGAUACCCCUGAUGGAUACGUCCUCAGCGCUAUAUCCACCCCUGGCCUGGCAACCUUUGGUUCGUUGUGUCCUGACAUGCGGAGUCAAUGA